AGUGUUUUGCUAUAAAACAAGGGCCAUUUUGGUCGCUCUUCCGGUAAAAUCAGCUCCUCUUUUGGACGAUUUACGGUAAUCCCACAUGACAGCCCGGAUGAAGGCCGCAUGUGUGUUUUUCACAAGCAGGACUCUCUCAACUAUGGCCCGGCACAAAUUCAUCGACAUUGGUGUGAACCUGACCGACCCCGUGUUCCGAGGGCUCCACAGAGGCAAGCAGAGGCACCAAGACGACUUCCAUCACGUCAUCGACAGAGCUGUCGACGCGGGCGUUGAGAAGUUCGUGAUCACAGGCGGAAGCCUGGAGGACAGCGAGGAGGGCGUCAAACUGGCCCACAGCAGAGACGGGUUCUACUGCACGGUGGGCUGCCACCCGACCCGGUGCGGCCAAUUCGAUGAGGGCGACGGCGCCUCGGAGUAUCUGGCCCGGCUGCAGCGUCUGGCGGCGGCCAACCGAGCCAAAGUGGUCGCCGUCGGAGAGUGCGGACUAGAUUUUGACAGGCUGGAAUUUUGCCCCAAAGAAACACAACUCAAAUACUUCGAGAUGCAGUUUGAUCUGGCAGAAGAGACCAAGCUUCCCAUGUUCCUGCACUGCCGCAACUCCCAUCAGGACUUUGUGGACGUCAUGAGGAGGAAUCGAGACAGAUGCGCGGGAGGCGUCGUCCACUCGUUCGACGGGACCGCAGAGGAGGCCGCCGCCCUCGUCGAGCUGGACCUCUACAUCGGGAUCAACGGCUGUUCCCUGAAAAGCGAGGCCAACAUCGAAGCCAUGAAGCGCAUUCCCACCGACAGACUGAUGAUCGAAACGGAUGCUCCCUGGUGCGGCGUCAAGAGCACGCACGCCAGCUUCAAGUAUGUCAAGACCACCUUCCCCACCAAGAAGAAAUGGGAGGCGGGGAAGUGUCUGAAGGACAGGAACGAGCCCUGUCACAUCAUACAAGUUCUGGAGGUGAUGGCUGCAGCGAGGGAGGAGGACCCGCUGGAGCUGUCCAGCAGCAUCUACCACAACACCAACAGAGUCUUCUUCUCAUCCGCUGGAUGAUUUUGAGCCUGAGAUGAACACAAUGCAACAGCAUGGACUGUAAAUAUAAACGUGUUGCAGAAAUGGUUCAAUAAAUGAUUGUA